AUGGAACAAUUAUUAAAUCUUUAUAUUCAAGAUGAAUUAUCUAUCGAUAGUAUUGAACAAUGGUUUCAGGGUCAUUAUGAUAUCAUGGAUGGAAACGAUUUGGAUGCACAGCUUUUCAUUUCAUAUUUCAUUGAGCAUCUUCAUUCAUCAUUUAAUUGGCUUUUAAAACAAAUUAAUAACAAUGUCAUUAUUGCCAAUAAUAACAUUUCGAUUACAAAUGAAAAUCUGAAUAUUGAUGAUGAAGAUGCAUUUCCUUCGUUGAAUAUCCAGUCACAACAACAACAAAUGAAAAAACGUAUAAAACCAACAUCGAUCGAUGCAAAUCAAUCACUCAUCAAAGGUAAUGGGAAUUUAUUCAAAUGUUCAACAGCCAAAAAUAAACCCAUAUCAUCGAAAAAUAGUGAUUAUUUGAAAGAAGAACGAGAAAUGUUGAAACAAUUCAAGAUGAAUAUGUCAAUUAAUAAUUUUCAAAAAAAUGACAAUGAAGAACAGGCAAGAAAAAAUGAAUUCGAAAAUGUUACUGCUGUUGUUAUUGAGCCAAAAUUUGAUAAAAUUGUUAAAACAAAUCGAGAAAAAAUUCAAAAAAUUGAACAAUUGUAUAGCUUGAUAUUGAUCAAUAAUUAUUGGCCAUAUCUAUUUGAAGAGAUUAAAUUCAUUGUCGAAGUUGUCAGUAAAAAAUCUGUGAUUGAAUCAUCGAACGUGAUUGCUGAUUGUGAUAAUACUCAAGUCAUUUAUUUUGAUUUCAACAAACUAUUCAAUUCUUAUCAUAAUUGUUAUUACUUUGGUUGGCUUUCAUUCGACCAAAUUGUCAUCAAGAAAUCUUUUUUUACAUGUUUUAAUGUGAAUGUCAUUCAUCAUCUCAUAGAUAAUCCGUUUCUAUUCACAUUUACAGAAUCAUCAUCAUAUAUACGCACAGUAUUGAAUAAUUUUUUAUCACAGAAGCUACAUUCAGCUUCUAUAUCAACAAAUUUUACGGCUGAAGAUGAUAAUCCAUUUGUUUCGUUUCAAUUGGAAACUGAUGGCAAACAAAAUUUUCCAGAUGGAUAUUCAUUCUCAACGUUUCGACGACAACGAGAUGAAUUUUAUCGCCUUUACAAACAAUUUAAUGAAAAUUCUUGGUCAACGUUCAUGUCUGGUAAUAAAACAAAUCGUUCAUUGUUUAUUGCUGGUAUUCAAAAUAUAUUUACCAUGUGCAAAGAUGUUGGCAACAGUUAUCAUUUGGCCCGGUUAUUUGUUGAUCAAUUAGUGAAAUCAUGCAGUAAUCAACUGUAUGGAAAUGCUGAUUCGACAAAAAUUCUAAACGAAUCGUUUGAACAACAUCGUGGUAUCAAAAUCAACCAGGACCGGUUGAAUAAACUACAGAAUCGUAUCGUAGAACGGAAGCAUCAAGCUGAGAAUUUGUUUGAGCCAGAAAACUUGUACAGCGACAAUUUUCGUCCAAAAGAACUAUUUUUUCGUGAUUUCAUCUACUAUUCAGAUUCCCAUUCAUUCAACGAACAAUUACGUUUGAUAUUGAAGAUGAAACUUAUUGAAAUGACUAGUUGUGUACAUUCGAAUAUCAUUGCCGAUUCGUAUACUCCAAAUGAUAUUAAAGAAAAUCUAUUCAACUAUUUCAUUACAGUCGAUUUAUUGGCAAAAUUUGCUGGAUUUUUAUCAUUUUAUUCAUUGGAAACUAGACGUAAACUUGAGAAAAGUGAUAGUACCAUAUUUUUUAAACACCAAAAAAACCUUAGACAGAUUCACCAUACACCAAUGUUUGAUAUUGAAACUUAUCUUGUCACUUCGAUGCAAACCCAUUCAUUGUUGGUUGCAUUGCCAUGGAUGAUUGAAUUUCUUAUGUUUAUCGAUCAGAUUUCUAUUGCCAUGGAUUGUUAUGCCAAUGUAUUUGCUCUUUUGGUUUUUAUAUACAAAUAUUAUCUUCCAAAUUUAGAAAAAUAUCAUUCAAAACCCACACAUGUUCGUAUAUUCUUGCAGCUAUAUCUGGAAAAAUUGUUUAUCAACAAAAAGAUUGACGCAUUGAAUCAUAUGAGACAGAUGACGAAAAAUAAUGAUCAACAUUCGGAAGAUUUUGCUAAAAAAUUAUUUUCCAAAUUCAUUUCCGAUGAUCAUCAAUCAAUGGAAGUGGAGAAAAAAUUUCAUCUUGAUUUUAUUUCACCGGAACUUUUAGAUUCGAAUCUAAUAUCGUACUUUUUCCCAUUAUUUUCCCGAUCAACACUCGAUGUUCUUCGUCAUUCUAGUUGCAGGUUUGAAAUACGUAAAAUCACACCGACAACAUUGUUGAACAAAAAGAGUUCCUCAACUUUAUUCACUACGACUUCAAUGCCUCAUGAUGACAAAACAAUGAAUGGUUUACAGAUGCAAGUGGAGGAAUCUUUUUUUAAUCUUCAUACUGGUUCAUUACGAAAGUGUAUCAAUUUCCUCAAUGAUCGGAUUCAAGCAAAUUGUAUCAAAAAAAUUAAAAAUGAAAUCUAUCUCACAUCAAAUAGAAAGAAUUUUCAAAACAUAUCAACCGACGAUGUUGACGUGAUUGAGAUACAAAAAAUUUGUGAUCUAAUUCGUAAUGAUUGCAAAAAUUUCAUACACGAAUAUUCAACCAAUUCAAUUUGGAAAAUGUUUCCAUUAUUAGUUGCUGAAGAUGAUCUUGAUCAGGAAACGAUACAAUUUGCCAUCAAACAGUUAUGUUUGCCAAAAAUUUACAGAAAAUGUGAAGAAUGGAUCGAUACUAAUUUAACGAAUGACAUAAUCACUGUGAGACAUUCUUAUAUUACGAACGACCCGAAGACUGAUGAUGUGAACAAAGAACUUCCAAAACUUGAAUCGUGUUUAUCGAAUUCGAGACAAAUUCUUUGCGAUCUUAUUCAUGGAAAACUUGAUUCAUUCAAUGCUGAUUCUGUUAUUGGAAUUUUUCAACAGAUUAAAUUAAUUCGAUCAUUGGAUUCAUUUCAUUCAUCAAAGAAUCAUCAAUUUUUUGACACCAUCAUUUUGGAUUUGAUAAUGAGUAUCCUGACGUUUGCACCAUCCACAUUCAAUGAAAAUAUUAUUGAUCUAGCCAUUGAUUAUUGGACUGCCUACCAUGUGCCAGCACAUAAAAAACUGAUAUGCUCGAAGUAUUUUUACAUGAUUCAUCGAUCCAAAUCUCCAGCAGCAAGUUGGCUAAAUUGGGAACUAUUGUUGCGUCGAAUGAUUCGAUCCAGUAUAUACGAUAUGGCCACUCUUGAAGAAGAUGUUAUGGCGGUGUUAAAAAACGAAUGGCCACAAUCAUUAUUAACUCGAUUGGCCAGUAUGAUUCAAUCUUUACUCGAAUUUGUUCGACAAAAUAAUCUGCUCCACAAAAGUAUUUCUCUUUCUUCUGGAAGUCAUUCAAACGACAAUGAUGAUCAUCUUCAAAUAAUUGAUUGGCUUGCUUGGAUUUGUAACAAUCAAAACUUGAAAGAGUGAUUUAUCCAAAUUUGUUAUUUAAUUUAAUACAUUUUAAUAAAGCAUGAUUAUGAUUAUUA